UCAACAGAAACGCAGUCAUUCAGACGUCUUCGCAGACUCGGGUGUUUCAGCUGUUUCCGGUCGUUUGGUUUUAGAACAAGUUAAAUUUAAAUUCUUCUUCUCCUAAAAUAUCUGCAAACAGCUGACGGCUGCCACGUGACCCCGGCUGACGCUGUUGCUAUGGUGACGGAUCGCAAACACGGAGGUCACAGUCGCGGGUCUGCAGCGGCACUCCUGAAAGCGUGACGAGGAGACGAGGAGACGAGGAGGCAUCAUGCCAAAGAAGAUGAAGAAGAGCGUGGGGAAGUCUGACGAGGAGAGACAGGUGCACCUGCAGCAGCGCGCUCAGGCUGAGGAGGAGCUGAUGAAGAAGAAGGAGGAGACGCUCGGCCUGUUCCUGAAGGACAAGCUGCAGAAGGAGCAGAGGAACACUGCUGUGAACCUGCUGAAGCUCCACGACGGUUGGAGGGCAGUCCUCCGCCAGACCAGGGACGCCGAGCUGCGCCAUGACAUCAUCGUGCUCCAGCAGACAUUUGAGAGGACGCUGGACGACCUGGACAGCAUCGUCCAGAAGCUGGUGGGCGACGUGCAGGAGACGGAGCGCCAGGAGGCGCACAUGCAGCGCUGCCACCUGCACCACAUGGAGGCGCUGUGGGCGCUGCAGGCCGCACGGCUGCAGGGUCUGCAGCAGCAGUGGGGGCGUGCCCUGGAGGACGUCAGCGCCAGCGUGAGCUCUCAGAGGCAGCAGAUGUUGGAGCAGUGUCAGCAGCAGGAGUUCCAGCUGCAGGAGCUGACCCUGACGGCGGAGUUGCACAACACGGACGCCAUGAAUGACAUCAGGAUGCUGCUCGAGGACACGCUGGCAAUGUACGCGUGCUCUCUGGAGGAGCAGGUGGCUGCUCUGGAGGGCAGGGCGGAGGUGAGUGACGCCACCCAGACGAGCUUAGAGCAUCUGCAGAAAAGCAUCGUCAAGGUAACGCAGCUUGAGAAGCUGCUCGCAGACAACCAGAAGAAGAUCAGCGAAGACUUGAAGACCACCAAGAAGCUGGAGGACGCCGUCCGCAGGCUGAGGGAGAAGAUGAUCUUCAGCAAGGCAGAAAACAGCUCGAUGGAAGAGGACCUGACCGCCACCAUAAACGAGCUCAACUGCAGGUCUCACGCGCUCCGGGACCACCUGACCCAGUCGCACACAGCGGCAAGGAAGAGGCUCACCGAGCUCACCGUCCAGGGCGAUGCCGCCGCCAAGAACCUGCAGGCCGUCGUCACUAAGGGCGAGAGGGUUCUACGGGCCGUGGACAUCUGCCACCGGCUGGAGACGCAACACGACAUGUUACUGACAUCAUCAUCAUCAUCAUCACGCCGCACAGACGAGUGCAGACAGGACACGCCAGCAAAGGACGUCUGUAGGUUCCCAGAGCUGCAGCAGCUGCGGCGGAGCCGCAGCGGCGCUGUGCUGCAGCGCGAAGCUCUGAGGAAGCACAGCGAGGAGCUGAGGAGCGAGAACGAACAGCUGCAGCUUUUGCUGCGUCAGCAUGACCACCACGCCCACUCGUCCCCGCUCCACGUGGCCCAAGCUCCAACCACCACCAGCACCACGCCUGCUGCGAUGGGUAGAAGCCGCGUCACGGUCAUCGAAGCUGCCCACGCCGUCUUGAAGCGGUGACUAAUUAAAAUGUGUUCGCCAUGACGACCAGCAGGACGACUCCUGAUGUGCUUUGAGCUUUCUUGCUAAAGGGGCGUGUCCAUAUAUGGAGGGGCCGGCCUGCAGUGUACUUGAGUACUUUUAGUAGAGUCUUGUAUGAAAGUAUUUGUAUGUUCUCC